GUACAUGCACUGUAAGCUACCGGUAGGAUAAUGAUGGCAUUGGUCACAAAAAACCCACUCCGUUUCCUAACACCUCUUUCUUCAUCUUACUACCAACCUACAACACAAAGAAAACACACACAUCUUGCUUCUAUACCAUGGUGACUGUGAUGCACGAUAUCGAUAAUAUCCGCGAGGAAGACAGCAACGUGUCUAUUGGUGGCGGAGGCGACGAGGCGGAGGAGUCCACCACCAUGCGCAAUGACGACAAGCAGGAAACGGCGGCGGCGAUUGGCAGUGCCGAGACGAAUCGUGUGUGGCGGCUCAAGGGCGUGGUGACCAUGGUGUUGGUCCUGGCGACGGUGGGCGUGGCCAGUGCCGUGUACCACUACACGCACCGCAGCGAACAGCGCCAAUUUGAGGAUCAAUUUGCCGAAUAUGCCUUUAAAAUCCUCGAAGCGAUUGGCGUCGAAUUGGAUCAAGUCUUGGGGAGUUUGGACAGCAUGGUGGUGGGCAUUACGUCGCAUACGCGGGCGUCCAAUCAGACCUGGCCCAAUGUGCAAAUUCCUGACUUUGCCAUUAAAGCUGCCAAGAUUCGGGCCCUCAGCCAUGUCCCCAUUAUCACCCUGUUGCCAUUGGUCCAGAGUGGAGAAGAACGAACGAGUUGGGAGGCCUUUGCCGCGGCCAAUGGACCAGCAUGGGUCGACGACGCUUUGGCCGUGCAAGCGACGGACGAGGCCUUUUAUGGACCCAUGAUUACCAAUUACUCGGUCAAUGAUGUCGUCCACGGCAACUUUGGGGACAUUGCCUACAAUGAAACCCGCGACAUGUUGCCCACGGCCCAGAUAUACCCCAUGAUCCCGGAGUAUCCGCCCUACAAUUGGGAUUGGUUGUCCAUUUUGUGGCCCGAGGGCUUGUAUUACACGCUCGACACCAAACAGGUGGUACUGUCGGCCGCAUGGAUGUUGCCCGAUCCAAACGAUCCCAUCCAGGUGGAGGAAAUGGAGAUCUGGGCCGAUUGGUAUUCCGACUACUUGGCGCCCGGAUUGGCGCCCGACGAACCCAUUUCCGACAUUAUGAUGCCCAUUUUCGACGACGGCGGUCAGUCGGUACGGAUUGAUACUGCCGAACACAAACCGGUGGGCAUGUUGAUGGGCAAUUUGUAUUGGCGGGAUGUCAUAAGGGACAUUUUGCCCGAGGGAAGCUAUGUGACGGUCGUCAUGGAGAACCCCUGCAAUCCCAGCUUCACCUACAUGAUCAAGGGGCCAAGGACCGAAUAUUUGGGCCGCGGUGAUUUGCACCAGACCCAAUACGAUUCCAUGAAGCAAAGCAGCAGCAUUGCCGAGCUGGGGUCCUUUCGGGUCGACCAGCAACGCAGCAUUUACUCGGGGCCGCCCGUCGAUGACGAGUUCUGUCCCUUUACCGUUCACGUCUACCCGUCCUCCCUCAUGGAAGACCAAUACGUGACACAUCUGCCUAUCAUCCUGACAGCGGUCGCCGUUGGAAUCUUCCUCUUUACGUCGCUGGUCUUUUUGUGGUAUGAUUACACUGUGGAAACACGUCAAAAGGUUGUGCUCAAAACUGCGACGCAGUCGACGGCCGUUGUCGAGUCGUUGUUCCCCGAAGCCGUGCGAGAUGCCUUGUACGAACAACAGCAACGACAAGACAAUAUCGGUUCCUCCAAGGAAGACGCCAUGGUCGUUGGAAACCGUCCCGAGGGCGUUCUGAGGGAAAGCAAGACUCUGGCACCCAGUCCGAUUGCCACCUUGUAUAAAGAAACCACCAUCAUUUUUGCCGACCUGGUCGGCUUUACCAAAUGGAGUGCGGCUCGGACUCCCUCGGAAGUCUUUAUGCUGUUGGAAACCAUCUAUGGCGAAUUUGAUCGCAUUGCCAGAGCAAAAGGGGUCUUCAAGGUUGAGACAAUCGGUGACUCGUAUGUGGCCGUGUGCGGUUUGCCCAAGCCCAACAAGAAGCAUGCCAUGGUCAUGGUCAAGUUUGCCUCGUUGAUUCGUGACAAGAUGCGGCAGUGUACCCAUGAAUUGGCGGGGUCACUUGGCGAGGAUACGGCCAACCUCAACCUGCGGAUUGGGCUCAAUAGUGGUGCCACCACUGCCGGAGUGCUGCGGGGCGAGAAGAGUCGGUUCCAGCUGUUUGGCGACAGCGUGAAUACCGCCAGUCGAAUGGAGUCCAAUGGAACGCCAGGGCGCAUUCAAGUGUCGGAAAGUACCGCGCAAAAGCUCAUGGAAGCCGGAAAAGCCAACUGGUUGACCAAGAGGGAAGAAAUGAUUGAAGCCAAGGGCAAGGGAUUGAUCCAAACAUGGUGGGCCGAACCCACUGUCGCUGCGUCGGAGAGUGCUCGCUCCGCCAUGUCGUUUGGUACCGGUACUUCUGUGGAUACCUCCGAAGCCUCCGAAGCGGAUGCUCAUCAUUCCGUAGAUAUCUGAACAUUUCGCGUUUUAGUAAGUAUGUUUGAAGGCUGGUGCAACUUCCUGUAGGAACAUCAUUCAAAACGAAGAUGCCAAACCAGAUUACAAAAUCGACGGCGUCAGGAGGAUGAGUACUAUUCGAAUGAGGCCACACUCAGAGCACGCAGCUACUCUUGUGAUGUUCCAUGAUCCAUGAUUCCAUUCAGAUAAUCAAUUCUUUGUAAAUAGAUUUUCACUAUAGCUAGCUAGUACCCCUCUCUCUAUAUCAUAGUUACGGUAAUCGUAGCCAGCUAUGACGGAACAAAGGAGUUGUUUUUGUUGAGGGCCAAGGCUUCAGGUUAAGAUGGUUGAGAGUGAAAGAAGUGGUGCCACACGACGCCAAAGAGCGUGUUGCAGAUUGCCCCCAGUCCUUUUUCCAGAAGAAACCCGGAGCUAGCUAGCUACUGGAGCUGGCUAGACUACGGUAC